GGUAAGGUUGCGGCCAUUUUAUCCGUGUCGAAAGUUUGAACGGCUAAAUCACCUCCUGAAAGACGAAGUUUUCCUCAUUGGUGCUAAUAUCAUGAAUAAGGCUUCACUCUACAAAAUGUAAACACGCCUAAGUACCGCCAUUUUUUCUUGGGGGGUUAUAAUUUGGGUAAAAAAUGAAGAAGUUUUUCUCUUCGGGUGGAGGUACCGACAGCAGUUUUGUGGGCAAGACUUUUAUUGUCGGUCGGUGUCCAUGUGUGGUAGAGGAAGUCAUUGCUGAAGGUAAGCUUAAAGUAAACUUUUUCCUGUUUGCUCUUUUUUCAGGUUUGAUUCGUUGUUGGUUGAUUAGAGUUAUGUCCAUCGAUAGCUUAAGUUUGUUUUUAAGUUGGGGUUGAUCGAAGUGGAAUUUUCACGAUGACAGCCAAGCUUAAAGAUGUUGUGCUAAUAGAGCUUCUUAAGUUAAAGACAAUUUUGUUUGACAGUAAAAGCUGAAUUAAUUAGUUAGACUAUGGCGAAUUCUGUAAAGUGUGAAUUGUAACAGAUUGCGUAUUAACACAAUAAGACUUAGGCUGUUCUUGUAAAGAAAUCUCCGUCCCACAUAACGCCAAAAGAAAACAUUCGUUUACGUCAUUCUGCUGCACAUAAUCAUCUCGAAGUUAUUUAUGAUAUUUUCCCACAUAAACUUGCUGAGCUGUAAUUUUUGCUUGGAUACCGGUAGCCUUCAAGCAGUAUGCCCCUUGUUGUUAGAAAAAUUAAGAUUUUCUUAUCUGUUCACAACAUAAAACGACAGCCUGUUUUAAGCACACUAACAGCUGAGGGGGUCUUUAACUUUUAGUAUGUGCAUGGUACGGUGCCACAGGUUGACCUUUUUCUGUUUGUUAUGGACUGGGCUUUAUUCAUGUAUAUAUUUCAGAUACAAGUGUAGCUAUUUGUAUCGGAACAUGUGAAAGCUUUUUAGCUCAUUUAACUGCAGGUAGAACAAAUUAGGAUAAGUACUAAAUAUAUUGACUCUCAAAUCAUCUUUCUUACUGAACCCUUCAGGUGGAUUUUCACUGGUGUUCCUGAUCAGAGUUCCUAGCGGAAAGCGACAUGCCUUAAAAAGGAUAUCAGUCAAUAAUAUGCAUGAUUUACAAAUAUGCAAACAGGAGAUUGAUAUAAUGGUUAGUCAUGAUGAUUCUUUGUUCUUCUUAAAUGAUUCAUUUGUGAUUCACCAUUUUUUGGGCUCCCAAGCCUUACAUGUAAAUUACAGAGUCCUUGUAAAUAUAUUCCAAAUCACCUUGACAGGAAAAGAAAAUUUUAUAGCCCUUCAGGCUCUAAAUCUAAAUCUAAAUAUCGUUAUGUCGGCAAAAUUGUUUGGGACAUCACGCCAACUCAGAGCUCUUGAUGCUCUUCUGAAAUAGAUACGAUUGCAGUAACCUGAGAGAAAAGUUUCACCUUUAGCCAAUCAAUUUACGUUUAAUGUUACCAAAUGGUACAAGGAACUGAACUCCAACUCACCUUUCCUGACCCUUACAGCUUCAUACCCUACUUGAGGGAAAUUGAAGCUCUUGACAUGUUGGUUAUGAUAACCUUUUUUAAAACUGUUUUGCCUCCAGUCAACUGGGAUUCUUACUUGUUAUGUGUGAUUGCACUGCUCUGAAAGGGGUCACCGCCUUAUCGUGGUGGGGCAGUCUACAUGUCUCAAUGACCCCUAGUACUAUGUAAGCGUAAGUCUUGAACUCCUGGUAGGGCCACCCUACCAGAAAAAGGUCAAACGAUAGAGACCCCGUGGCCCUCCUGGUUGGGGGUUGAGCAUAGGGCUAACGAUCCUGCCCCAUAAAAACACUAAUUGUUUCAGUGAAACUGGAAGCAUUGAUAAUGACAGAGCACUAACUGGGGAUGUCACUGCUGGGGCUGUAGUGAUGCUCAUUGGACAAAGCUGGCGGGAAACCCAAAGGCCGAUAGGCCCCAUAGUAGCCCCCAAGCCUCAGUCGAUCAUCAGUUGCUGGAACAUGAGGACCAUUGCAGAGGCAACACAGGCAUGGCAAGUAGCUAAGGAGAUGAAAGAGUUUGGGAUUGAAGUGCCAGGAAUAAGACUUAGUGACAUCAGGUGGAAAGAUAUAGCAUCAGUAACACUGCAGAGUGGAGAGAAGGUGGUGUGUGAUGAAUCAGGUGGAACUGGCUAGGUCACAUACUGUUGGUCAGACAGCGUGGAAAGCAGCCUACUAGCGUGAUGAGUCAUGAUGAUGAUGAUAAUAAUGUUUGAUUGCAAAUUGGUUAUAAGUUUGAGGGUUUUGAUAUAAUCAUUUAAUUUCUUUUCUUUUGUUCAUGAAGAUUAAAUAUAUAUUGUUUAACCAUUAUUACAUUAACAGAAGCUUGUAUCUGGUCACAAGAAUGCUAUUACGUACCUUGGUUGUACAAUUAAUCAGAUCAACCCUGGGAUUUAUGAAGUCCUGAUUCUCAUGGAGUACUGUAGAGGUACAUGACCUGUCACUAUUAUAGUAACUGUUAGUGUGUUAAUUAAAUUGUGUAUUUUAAAUUGUUCCGGCACUUUUGGUUUUUUUUUUGUUCUCAUUUCAUUUUGUUAAAUGAAGAAGGCAGUUUGCUUUAUGACUCCUAGAAAAGAAAAAUACCACCCUGCAAUUUUUUUUCCUUAAUUUCCUUCCCACAACCUCAAGUUGUACCGGUCUACCCAACCAUUUCUUGGUAGUAAUGAGUCUUGAGAAUGAAAAUGAGAAUGAGAAUGAAUGAGUCUUGUGGGUUUUCUCAUAACUCUCACAUUCCUAUAUUUUCCACAGAGGGGCAUGUUGUACAGUUGAUGAAUGAACACAUCAGUUCUGGUUUCAGCGAGUCAUUAGUUCUGAAGAUCUUCACAGAUGCCUGUGAGGCUGUUGCUAAGCUUCAUCAUGCAGAUCCUCCAGUGAUUCACAGGGAUCUUAAGGUGCCUUAUCCAAUGUUAGCUAGUAAUUGCCUAAUAUUUGGCAGUGAUCAUCAUCAUCAUCAUCAUCUUCAUCAUCAUCAUCAUUUUUUGUUUUAUAUAUCAAAAGUCCAGGUUUAAGAUGGACGUACAGGUGGUGCGGCAACUAAAGGUGUUAGGAUUAAGGCUAUGGUCCAAGUUUCAAUCCCACCUGCCCUAAGUGGCAGCCCUGUAAAUUUUUCAUAGAAUAAGAUUCUGUAAUAUUAACCAAGGGAAUGUACAAGAUCUGAAGUGACGAGAGACAUUAAGUGAACUUUUGCUCCUGUAGAUGUAGAUGUAGAUGUAGAUUGUAAAUUUUUUUUUUGACCUUUAGGUUGAGAAUAUAUUACGCAGUGAUCGUGGUGAAUUUGUUCUUUGUGACUAUGGCAGUGCUACCAGAAGAGUAGUGAAUCCUCAGGUAUGAUUUAUAUGUUUUUUGCUGGCUUAGUAUGUCUUCGUCAGAAAUAAAAUCAGAAAACUUCAUUUGCUUAAUGCAAUAAGAGAAUUGUGUAUUUUUCUUGUCACAGGAGGAAGGUGUUACCAAAGCAGAAGAAGAGAUACAAAAGUGAGUUAAGUUGACCCAUUAACUGUAAUCAAACUAGUACUACAUCUACACUCAUCCAUGGCUCUAGGUGGAAUUAAUGGUUCACUGUAAAACGGUCAGAAAUUUUAUUCCUAACCAUUAGUCACUCAAUAAUUUGUAUAGGUAAUAGCAUGAUUUUUACUGAUAUUUGGAAUAAGUACCACGAGUUAAUUUCAAAAUUUUUAUACUUAAUUUCACGAGCUGUUAAGUGAGCGAAAUUUGAGGCAAUUUUGAAAUGUCACAAGUGGUAUUUAUGCCGAAUAUCACAUACAAAUCAUGCUAUUAUUUGUUUAUACUACUACCCACAAAAGGUUUGUAAUUUUCACAUGUAGGUAUUUCAAAUUAAGCUGAAAUACCACUGCUCUAAGCCAAUCAAAUUGCAGAAAUUUCCAAUUUAGUAGUGUAACACUGGAAAUGGUUAACGUUUGUAUAGCCACAAGUUAUCAUUUUGAAAUUGUUUUGAUAGCUUGCCAGGAUUUUUCAAUGUACUUGUUUUCUCUCAUGGCAAGUGGAUCCUAUUUUAGCCAGCUUUGUAUUGGCAGUACUUAAUAGAAACCUGAGGUAAAGAUUAGCCAUAAAGGCAACCACCCAACAGAGGCCCUCAUACUGUAACUAAAGGUAACUUUAAAUCACCAUCUAAAUUCAUUGUUUUGUAAACACUGUACUGUUUGUCUACAGGUACACAACACUAUCUUACAGAGCCCCUGAGAUGAUUGAUUUGUACAGUGGUAAAUUAAUUACCACUAAAGCAGAUAUCUGGGUAAGCUGAUCAUUUUGUUUGGGUCACUUGCUGUCCUACAACUUGCAACACAGAGCAGAGCUCAAAAAAGGCUUGAAUUCCAGCUUGUCCUUUGGGCAAGUAGCUCUCUCAUUUUGCUUGCCCAUCACCACUUCUUCCUUGUCUUAGUAAAUAAUUUUGUUGGAGUAUGACUUGCGUGUGCUAUUGCCUAUUGAAGCGUACCAAGAAAGUCGUGUCCAGUAGCCUGGGGCUAGUGGAUUUUGCUAUCGGGCUAGUGAUUUUUGUUCUUAACUUGACCCGACGGGCAAGUGCUGUUUUAUGGCAAAAUUUAAAUUACAGAAGGAUUGUAAUCAAUCCUGCUAAUCAAAAAGGGUUUGCGGGCUAGUAGAAAUGACAUGUGGGCUAGUACAUGCUAGCUACAGCUUGCCUUAAUGGCAGGCUGUAAAAUGGACUUUCUUUGCACCCUGCUAUUGGGCAAGUUAGCUUUAAAAGUUAAUUGUCCAGCAAGGAAAUCUACUUAUCCCAAACUACAAGACAUGACUUUUUGGACCCCUGUGGAGGUAUGAUGGUUGAAAGAAUAGUGCUAAAUAUUUCGCCAUUUUGUUUCUUUAGGCUCUGGGUUGUGUAUUGUACAAGCUCUGUUUCUUUACACUUCCAUUUGGUGAAAGUCCACUUGCUAUACAGAGUGGUCAGUUCACCUUCCCGGAAAACUCACGCCAUCCUAAACUUCACAAGCUUAUCAGUAAGUUUUCAUUCUCUUUUAAAAGACCUUCUGUGUUAUUAUGUUUGUCUUUGUAGUGACUAUUGUCUUUGACAUGAUAAGAACAUGAUAAAAACUUUGGCAUAAUAGCAGAAUAAAAAAUGCCAGUCACUUUGCUGUCACACAAUAAAGAUGCUCCAGUGAUGUGAACAGAACUUAUAAAACUCAAGUGCCUUAGAAAUAUUUACUGAAAGAUGAAAAUAUAAUAAUUAUUUUUGUGUCUCAUCGAUGUAAAGAUCUUGAGUAAAUGAAUAACAUCAAUAAUAAAUAUUGUUGAUUGUCAGUCAAACCUCCAUGUGUGACCACCUCUGAUAAUCAAUCACCUCCCAUAAGUGACUACACCUACAUGUAUCCGAAAUGCCAAAAUUUUCUCAGUGUAGCGUGCAAAGAAAGUAGUGUCUGAUAGCUCCGGGGCUUGUGGAUUUUUGCCCAAUGGGCAAGUGAGGGUUUUUGGGAAAUUCAAAUUACAGAAGAAUUGUAAUCAAUCCUGCUCAGCAAAAAAUUUUUUCUGGCAGGUUGAAAUGGUUUUUGGGCUAGUACAUGUUAGCUACUGCUUGCCCGAAUGGCAACCUGUGAAACUGACUUUCUUCGCACCCUGUAGUGAAAUCACUACAGUUGGAACCUCUCAUAAACUAGCACCUCUCCUAAGCAUUUACGACCACUUUUUUCUCUUGUUUUUAUCCUCCUGUAAUUACUUUUAGUGGGAACAUUAAACCAAGCAUAUCGUAACUUAGAAACUGCAUAUAAUGAAUUCUCUCGCAAAUGUAGCUGACUUUGUUUGGGCCUCUUUUAGGAAGGGACCCUCUGUUGGUCAAUUCUCAUAAGGGACCUCUUAAUCGUCAUAUUUUGUGUGGCUGCUUAUCCCUUUAAGUCCCAAUAAUGAUCAACAUCAAUAUUCUCCGAAAGAUAUCCAUACAUUGGCAAGAGAAAAGGUUAUGAGAGUUUAUAAAACGAUCACCAAAGAGAAAAUACCUUGAUCUUUUAUCAAAUUCUAUCAAUUCUUUCUUUAAGGAAAUGUAUAGAGAUCAGUUUGGAGAAUUUGUAUCUGGAUAUUGGGGCUUAAAGGGUUAUGAGAGGCUUGACUGUAUUGUUAUCACAAAAACUUAUUGUUAUGGCCAUUUGUCUGAAAUAACAAGUUAUGUACAAUAUCAAGUUUCCUAUUCCUUUUCAUUCUAGCCUGUCACUGUGUGACUCUUUCACUGCCAGAGUGCUUGAUAGGGUUUUGUAAGGUGACUCUAACUUUUGAGUCUGUGGCUGAAAUCUUAUGAUGUGGCCAUUCAAAUAAAAGCACUCUGCCUGUACUUCCUCAUGAUGCUAUUUAUUUGCCAAAAUUUUAGAAAACGAAAUUUGCCUUUGGCCACAUUUGGCAGUGAAAGUGUUAAAGACUUAGACUCAGCUAACCAACUUGACAUUGUUGAAAAUUAGUGUCAGAUAAGGCCAUAAUUUCAAUCAUGUACGUCACUUUGCUUUAUCUGCAGGCUUCGUUCUCAAUCCAGACCCGGAGAAUAGACCAGAUAUUUUUCAAGUUUCCUAUGCAGCCUUUAAACUCAGAGGUCUUGACUGCCCUGUCCCUAAUGUUAUGGUGUGUUGGCAUUUUUCUCCUUACGUUUUUCCUGGAAUUUCUGCUUAUUUGCAAUAACAAUUAAAUGAAGAAGAUUUGCUGUGAUUUUAACAGAAAACCGUGAAUUGUGGAGACAACAAAAAUAACCUGCUAACCUUACCUUUGGAGAUGAUUCAAUAUUAUUAGAGGAUUUGUAUAGGUAAUAACAUGAUUUGUAGUGAAAUUUCAAAAUUGUUAUACGAAAUUUCACGAGUCGUUAGGCGAGUGAAAUUUGAGACAAAUUUGAAAUAUCACAAGUGGUAUUUAUGCCAAAUAUUACAUGCAAAUCAUGCUGUUAUUGGUUUAUACUACUACCCGCAAAAGGUUUGUAAUUUUCACAUGUAGGUAUUUCAAAUUAAGCUGAAAUGCCACUGCUCUAAGCCAAUCAAAUUGCAGAAAUUUCCCAUGUAGUAGUAUAAAAAUGUCUAAAAUGGAACCUCUUUGGCAGAUCUGUUGCAAGGCAUUACAACAAGAAAUGUUGUGGUUUUUGUGAUUUUUCAGGUUAAUAUUCUUAAGAUAACAGAUUUGUGUAGAAACUUUCGAAACACUAAAGACGGUUCGCACGCACCUUGAAAGUCCUUGAAAAUUGCAGUGGGUGCUGGAAAGGUCUUGAAUUCUAAUGCUAACUUUAUAGUUUAAGUAGAACUUCAAAGAGAAAGGAGCAAACACAAAGACCUUCGCGAUAAAAUUACUCAUGUUGUGUAAGAACUAAAAACAGACAUGGACUCAAGGCUCUUUUUUUGCGUUGAUUGGAGUCCUUGAAAAGUCCUUGAAGUUUUUCUUCAAAAAAGGGUACGAAGAACCGUGUAAAAAAUUUCGAUGGGUCCGUGCGUUCAAGAUCAAAUUAGGAGAAGGGAAAUGCUUGGUUUCAUCAAAUGAUUUUUGAUGUGAUGACCAAUUAUUGUCGUUGUUUGUGUACAUCAGAAUGCAAAAAUACCAGACACACUUCCAGAAACGCAAUCUGUUGAGGAACAGCAAAAGGGGGAAAAUGCUGCUCGAACAACUGCUGCUAAAACAAAGUAAGGAUCAAUGAUACUCAGUACAUAUAUAUGUUGUAGCGACUAUUCUCAUAAUCAGAACCUAGCUACAAGACAAUUUGUUAUCCGAGAUGGGGUCUUGCUUGGAGGUGACGGGGAUGGUCGCAAAGCCAUUAUCAAGCAAAGCAAAUUACUAGUAAAUCGACUUGAUUAUAGUGGGUCUUUGAUCUCUUAUAUCCCUGAUGGGGCUAAAAAUGUCGGAAACGAUGGUUUUGUGUUUUGUUUAUUUGAAGUGCGAAAAUUAGUAUUCCAAAUUUGUUCAUUUUUACAGGCGACAUGAAGGACCAGUCACUACCUCUCUUGCUCCUCGUCAACGACCAAGGGCAGGCCAAGGUCAUCAGCAACUGGCUACUCCUCAGGCUUCCUCGCGCUUAAGCCACAUUGCUAGUCCUCAGCAGAAUCGCAAACAGUACUCUCAUGUACAAAGAAGUAAUCUUGACGUUGAGAGUGCUCAUGGCUUGAGCCACAUGGCUAGCCCAAGACAGAACAGAAGGAACAUUCCACCACAAGGACCAGAGAAUUCCGCAGCUCAUCAACAAGUCCAUACAAAUAUGACGCGACAGGACCCCAGAGCUGUUUUUGCUGAUCAGGCGGCAUCAGCGGUACCAGAUCUGAUGGAUGUUGGCCAGCACCCAUCAGCAGCAGUGUACCGUGUGGUAGCACAGCACGGGCAGCAGCCUUAUCCUUACCAGCAGCAGAUGACGAGGGAGCAGUACCUUCAGCAGCAGUAUCUUCAACAGCAGCAGUUGGCUCAGCAACAGUAUUUACAACAGCAACAACAGCAUAUGUUGAUGCGUCAACAACAACAACAACGAUUGCUCCAGCAGCAACAGCAACAGCUGCUUCAGCAGCAGCAGAUGCUUCAGGAACAACAGCAAGCUCAACGACAGUUGAAUUACCAGAUGGAAGGUCCACCAGCCCAGCAAUACCAACCUACCCAGCCACAUCAUGUUCAACAGCAACCUCAGUUCAAUCCGCAGAUGUAUCAAGACACUGAUCAGUGCCCACUGAACCCAUUUUAUGAAUAUCAACAGUAUCCAACCUCCGGCGACGUACGGUACCACAACUACAAUGCCAAUCAACCGCAAGUAACAUUUCAACAGCCUCAAAAUGCUCAAGAAUUUCCUCAACAAGCAAAACCCGAUAAUAGCAAUAACAGAUUAUUGAGACCCCGCUACAUGUCUCACAAUCGCUCUAGGUCUGACCCUAACUUUGCGGUUCAUUAUGAUAGAAGCAAUCAGGUUAAAAUGCCAUCUGUUACCCCUCAACCCAACGCAAGCAGCUCAAAUCGUUCCCACCAUCGAAGCCCUAGUGACCCUGCUCUCAACCAAUCCAAAGAACCAGAGGCUGGAAUGCUUUUGGUAAACAUUGAGUCAAGCGAUGAACCCACGCCGCACUGGAAUCCUUUUAGUCCAUAUUAUGAGUCAAACGAGUUGGACUUUACAGCCAACCAGAACGAUGUAACCGAUGAUGACUUCGCGUCACUACGUGCAAGUAACGAAAAAAUUUCUCAAACCGGAACAAAUUCUAGUUUUCAGCCCAAUGUCGAAAGUCAUCAACCGAAUGCUGGCUAUCAUCAAGCCAGUGUUGGCUUCCAUCAGACCACUGCUGGAUAUCAACAGCCCAGUGCCGGUAAUAGAACAUCUGAAUUUCGUCAAGGGGCUACUACGGAUAUUUUUGGAUCUGCCACAUUUGAUAGCCAAGUAGCUGAGUUGCAGCAAGGUUUGAGAAGUAGCUUGGAAAAUUUACAGUUGGUUGAUGUUCCUGCCGGGUUUGGAGACAAUAGCGUUUUUCCUCAACAGCAACAAGUAACGGAGAUUGUUCAAGAUGGCAACAAUCCGUUUCUUCAAGGCUAUCGUUCCACUGAAAUUGAAAGACAUUUGAACUUUGCAGGGGAGGCGUCAAGUGAAGACGAAUCAGAGGAAGCUGAUGAACCAGAAUAUUCUGGUUUCCACCCACCCCCUUCCCCUGGUGUAGCAGAUCCUUUCGGCUCAGCACCAUUCAUCGUCCAGAAAGCUAUGCAGGUCCCGCCAACCACAAGAGAUGCAUUUGGCUCGUCCCCAUUUAAUGCGCCACACCCAUCACAAUCAAAAGGGGUUGAUUAUCAGUUGACUAAUGUACAGCUGUCUGAGCAACAAACUGAUACCUCCGGUCAUGCGAGCUCUUUCACUUCUACGCAAGGUUCUGGUGUCGGAAUGGCCCCAGGACCGUUUCAUGUUGAAGGAGACGUUAGUAACUCUUGUCCGUUUGUCGGGAAUGUUACUGAGCAUGAAGAUCCAUCGGGCUUAGUUAAUCCCGCCGUUGAUUUUGUAGACAACAUAGACGAUCCAUUUGGCGGAGUAUCUUUUAACGCUAAUCCAGCCUUUAAGCGAAGAAACGCCAAGAGACAAGGAGGAGCCUUAAGGAAGGGACCUCCGGAAGCUGCUCCAAGUGGUGAUCAGAGUCAUCGUUCUCGACCCCGGCGACUUUUGCCCCAAACACCGGACAAAACCCCUGGUGUAACUCAUGCUGGUCAGCGGGUUGCUAGUGGACAGACUAGGACCCAGAACAUUAGAGUUAUUCCUGUCAUACCAUCCGCAAGUUCAGUGCAGACGCCUGUGAAAUAUGAGCCAAAGUCAACCGGAAAUAGACAAACAAAUGCGGCCACGUGACUCAGGAGUAAACUAGAAAUGUACAACUUAAUACCCUUUCUUCUCAAAUCAGAAAAUCAGUUAUUCUCGAUGUUGACUAGAAAAAACACGAGCGAAUUCAGAAAUCGCUCUGUUGAGUUGUAAAAAUAAGUAUCUUAAAAUUCUCUGCGCAGGCUCGAAAGACAAACCGUUUCGGAAAUAGAAAUAUCGAGCGAAGUCGAUGUUAUUCACUAUGAUUCGCGACGGCUGUUGUCGCGUGAUUAAUGUAUGUCACGCAUUAUUAGCUUCUUACGCAAACUUUCCUGUGUCUUGUCACGUAUUCUAUUCUGUCUCGUCGUGUGACACCCUAAAAGGAGACUUGCGCAUGGACGAUUCAGUCGUACCAUGGCUUGCAAACAGCGAGUAAGUACUGCUAAUCUAAGCGAAUCAUUUCAACUCUUCAAAAUGUGAAUGUUUUCAAAUUGUUUGAGACUAAAAACAGUUACCCGUGGCGGGCGUUGACUCAAAUGGUCCAGCAGGGAUUUAACCUUAAAAAGCGAUUUUUUUUUUCUCAUUCACUUGUUGCGUCGACUAUGCAUAGUAGUAAUGAUACUGGAAAGUAUUUAGGGAAGUUUUAUCGUCUAUCCGUUCUGGUCGUUUUGGCUUUGAAGUUUCGCAAAGCUUUUAUGGAGAACCAUCGCGCUCCAAUGGAGGUGUUUUGUGACAAGCCAAUUACAUGUACAUAAGUAGAUGUUUGAAAUUUAGUUCAGAAUGUUGGAUUAUGAAACGGUUCAUUGUGCUGGACACAGUGUGCUAACUUAAAUUACCGUCGCGUUUGUCUUAAAGUUACAAAAUGUACCUUCAAAAUGCUCUUGUCACAAAGCUCAACUACACUGGCGCUAAACGACAAAAACUACUUUUUUAUGCAAAUAAAGAAAAUCACUGUGGUAUUGUGGAAGAAAUAGAAUUUGGUCAAUUUGUUGCGACUUGCUGUGAAAUUGAUUUGUUUUUUUUUUUAAUGCUUUUUUUUUCUAUCACCUUAAUCCGUUGACAAGUAUUUGUAACUUUUUACUUAAAGAAUAAAUGGUCGAAAAUGCAGGUAGAAGCCACUUUUCGUUUGAAUGGACGUUGUCGACACAACGACCCGCCCCGCCGCUACGUUACUAACUGAAAUUUCAUCAGAAGUACCAGACGAAGGCUCUUCACAACCACCAGAGAUUUCUGAAACUACGUGAACCUUUUUCUACAAUAAAAGAGGAAAUAUCGAUGAUUGUAAAUUAGCCACGUUUUGAUUGAUUUUAGGGACGUCAGUAAAAUAAAAUAUAUCGGCUCUAAGCUGUAACAUUAAUUGCCUGAUAUUCUUGCAUUAAGUGUUGUCAAUACCGGUAGUAAUCUUGUCCUACAUCAACGUGACAGUUUUAGAUUUAAAAGAAAAUGAUUGUAUGAAAUAAUGAACAUUACCGCUUAUGGACGACAGAGGCUUUUUGAUUUUAAUCUUUUCCGCCGGUUGAAGAAGCGCAAAUGAAUAGCGGUGAGACCUCGGUAAUGUAUGAAAGUAGUAUUUUCUGCUGAGGUGUGGACAUUUAUUUGUUUAUUUUGGUGGUUCGUAUGACCAUAGACAUUAAUCGUUCCUUUAAUACCCUUGACCUGACCGACAGUUUCGGAAAAGAAGUAAAAACAAUAACAACAAAAAUAAGUGAUGCAAUACCAGCGCUCGCGGCAGAUAAUUGCAUUCUUUUCUUGUUGAAACUAUUGUUACAUAAAGUGUUGAUUCUCUUGUAUCAAAUGCUCCUAAUAGCAAGCCUAAAUUAACAUAUAUUCCUAGUUACUAACGAUAACGUAUUCGUAGUUACCAUCAUCAAUUCGCACGAACACUUUGCCACAAUCAAUAGUCCCCAAUAAAUCUGGUUUAUUUCUUUUAUGUUGAGAUGGUCUAAGUAGCCUUACAUCAGCAAGGAAACAUGGUUGCCGGAGCACAAACGUUUUUGGCUGUCGUUCCAUUUCUGGCACGGCCAAAACCGGAAAUUCCUUUCC